UAUCGCCGUAUCUGUAAAGGAAUUAGAGGCUACCAAAGGCUACCAUGGAUACUAGUCAACAAAGGAAAUUAUGGUACUGGAUUCCUUGGAUAGGACAUUUUUCAUCUUGCAUCGUUCACUACACAGUGGAAUUUGUGCAGUAGUAUAGUACACAUAAAUCUUCGUUCAGUCGUGAUCCUGGUUUAGCAGAUACAGCAUACCCUGUAUACUUAACUUUCCUUACCUUCUUAUAUCAUCGUUUUUCAUCUUAAUCAUACUUGCGAUUUUUAAUAGCAGAAGACAAUUCUCGUGUACAUAGUUUACAUUUCAUGCAUAAUAAUAAAUUUUAAAUUUGAUUUUAAUUAAUUUUGGUUAAACUUUGGUGCAACGCCUACUGUGAAGGGGAUAAAUCUCGCUUGAAAUAAGUCAGAAUAUUUUUUGCUGUCAUCAUGAUGGACAUGGAGAUGAACGCUGGCUUAGACGAUGAGGGGAGCGAGAGUAGCGAAUCUGCAUCAGAGGGUAGCUCGGCCAGCAGCACGUUUUGCGAUCUCGAGAAGGAUUACUCGAAGGUAUUACAAGAGAUGAAAUCUAAUGAGGCAUUGGCUCCUUUCAUGGCAGAAUAUACUAAACUUUACGAGUCUCUGUACAAAGCUUACAGAACAGAGAAAGACUUAACGGAGAGGUGUAAUACGUUAAGGGAAGAACUAUUUACAAGCGAUCAUAAAGUGUACGAGUUAACGCAUACAAUUUCUACGAACGAAAAGGAGAUCGAAAAGCUGAAGCAAGAUGUAUUGAACGCGAUAAAGCGAGCGGAUGCCGCUCACACACGCGAGCAAAAUGCGCAAGACACAAUUGAAAAUUUGCGAGUGAACGUACAGCAAUUGAGUCAGGAAAUUGCGCAGAAGAACAGACAGUUGGCCGCCACUGAAGACACGAGCAUCGCGAAACAAAAGGAGAGUCUCGCACAAGAAAAGGAGAAGCUGGUGAGCGAAAUAAACACAUUAAAGCAACGACUGAAGAACAUGGCUUUGUACAUAGAGGAACUGGAGGAUAGAAGUAGCUCUGCCGGGCAUCAAAUAGCCGAGAUGCAAGAAAAUCUAGAUAUACAACUGAACGAAAUCUCCAGAGAGCGACGAGGGAGACAGAGGGCAGAGGAAGAGGCUUUACAGUUGCAAGAAGGACUUGCAAUAAAAACGAGCGAUCUCGAGACGGCAAACGAAUCGAUAAAAGCAGCAGCUGCUAACGUGAUAAAGUUGGAAAGUUUGCUGAAGGAGCAAAGAACAUCCGGCGAAAAAAUGCAAAGGGAAAUAAACAAGUUGUCGGUAAAGAAGUUGAACCUCGAAUCGGAUCUCGAGAACGCGAAUAACCAAAUAGAAAAUUUGGACAAGGAAGUGUUGGAGAAGGACAAGCAAUUGAAAGAUUGGAAGCAGAGCAUAAACAGGAUGAGAGAGGAAGUCUCGAAGCACAAGUCUCAGAAAGAAUCAAUAUCGAAGCGAUGGCAGAAAAUUGAAAUCGAGAGAUCAACCCUGGAGCAACAGCUGAAGCACACAUCGGCGAAAUCAAAGAAUGCAGAGCAUCAGAAGAUGAUAUGCCAGAAACAGCUAGUCGACAAGCAGCAAGAAUUGGAGGUUCAUAUACGCGAGAAGAAUGUCUUGGCUCGUACCAAGGAGAAUUUAGGCGACUAUAUUAGGAGAAUGCAACACGAGCUGAUGGUGUGCGAGUACAGUAGAAGGAAAAUUGAACACGAGCUUGACACUUCGUUGCGGGAUAUUAUGGACGUUCACUCGCUCUUAAGCGCAGUGGAGAAAGAAAGGGAUAAGCAUAGCUUGACCGCUCAGAAUUUGGCACAACAGGUGGAGGAAUACAUAAGCGAGGUGAAACUGAAGCAAGUCGAGAUCUCGAACUACAAGAAGCGGCUAGCUGAAGCCGAGGCAAAGUACCGACAGCAGCAGAAUAUGUUCGAGACUGUUCGGGCUGAGAGAAACGCAUGUGGCAAAAGCCUGACAGAAGCGCACGACGAGAUACAGGAGUUGAAGAACAAAUUAAAAGUGUUAAGCCACCAAAUUGAGCAGCUGAAAGAGGACAUCGUCACCAAGGAGAGCCAACUAAUCAAAGAGGAGUUCAUGCGCAAUAAAGUAGAAAAGGAAAGAGAAGGGUUGAGGGUCGAGCUGCAAACCAGCCGCAGGGAGAUGUCGGAGCUGAAACAUGAGAUCGAGUCGAUGAAGCAGGAGGAAAAGAGCUUGAGGCAAGUGAUACAGCGCGCCGAAUCGGAUAUUGCACGACAUAAGAAGGAUAUCGACAAUAUAAUGAAUGAGAGGGACAUGUUGGGCACGCAACUGGUCCGAAGAAAUGACGAGCUGAGUCUUCAGUAUAGCAGAAUAAAGGUUUUACAUGGAACUCUUCAACGAGGAGAGGUUCAGUAUAAUCAAAGGCUGGAGGAUAUUAGGCUGUUGAAGUUGGAGGUGAAGAAGCUAAGGACAGAGAAGACUCUGCUGAUAAAGAAUAUUCAGAACAUGAGCGAUCUACGUAAAGAAGUGUUUCAUUUGAAUCACGACUUGACAAGAGAGAGAUUGAAAGUGAUGGCAUUAGAGGAGGAAGUGCAAACGCCGUUGAACAUUCACAGAUGGAGGAAACUUGAGGGUUCCGAUCCAAGUACCUACGAACUUUUGAAGAAGAUACAAAUUCUGCAAAAACGAAUGAUAAAAAUGGCAGCUGACAUGAUCGAGAAGGAGAAGAAAGUAAAAGACACCGAGAAACUGUAUAUGAAUUUACGUGAAAUUCUGUCGAAGCAUCCUGGACCUCAGGUCAUGGUUUCUCUCAAUAAAACUCAAAAAGCAUUGCGCGAGAGAGGGAAAAAAGUGAAGUGUCUACUAGCUGAGUUGAGCAUGUACGAGGUUCAAAUGGGCGAAUACAGGAUAGGCAUGGAUAGGAUGAGCAUCGAGAUGAACGAUUUGAAAAAGAAAUACUUCAUACAAAAGAAGAAAUUACACAUAUCGAAAGAAUCGAAACCGAAAUCUUUGUCUCAGCCUGUUUUCCCAGCUAUAAGUCAAAGUCAAAAGAAAUUCUGCGGGGGCGGCUUUAACAUGGCAACACCAACACCUAGAAAUUGUUUCGUCGUGGACUCUGAGUGCAGAUGAAUUUGUGUCGUUCGCCAAAAAGCUAUCAGAGAAAGUGCAGCUCAGUCUGUUUGUUGAGACGACAAUGCGACGUGACAGUGUAAUGAAAAUAUAACAGUACAGUUUGCAGGAUUUCUCUGUGUGCUUUUUCGUCUGCGAAACUCUUUUUGUUCACGAACUUCGUUUUUCUCUCUUGGUUCUCUUUAGAAUUUCCGUCAAUAUUUACAAACUGUGGGGAAACGUCGCGUCGUUGCGACGA